CUCCGAGGAGAUCCUCUAAUGCUGCGCGUCGCGCUCGCCGGUCACACUUGUCCUGGAGUCUAGCUUGAGGGAAAAUCUCCUUUGUCGCAAACUAUGGAUGUCAAAGUGCUGUCGCUGACGGUGCUGCUGGCGGUGGCGCUGUAUGCCCGCACAUCGCAUGCAAAGCCGUUCGGCAUGGUGGAGAGGUGCUGGUGCCGCUCGACUGUCAGUACCGUCCCGCAGCGGGCCAUCCGCGAGCUCAAGUUCCUGCAUACGCCCAACUGCCCCUUCCAAGUCAUCGCCAAGCUGAAGAACAACAAAGAGGUCUGCAUUAACCCUGAGACUAAAUGGCUACAGCAGUACUUAAAGAAUGCCCUGAACAAGUAAGGCGAAACCGUUCGAUACAAGGUGAAGAAGACCAGACGACGAUCCACUUAGGGACACUGCGGGACCGCUCUGUGCCCCCCCACCCCCCCCACCCCCACAGCCUGCCACACAAAUACACAACACUCGUUACCUCCCGGGACUGCUUGCCAAGCCAGCACUUACUCACCAGUUACGUUCAUGCAGCAUCGAGCCAGACUGUGGCUCACCACCGCCCCCUGCAGACACUUUUCCUUUAGCGCAAAGUGCAAUUAUAUAUGUGUGUCCGAGUGUCCGUGUCGUCCGUCUGAUGUAUAUAAGAAAUAUAUAUUUUUUACUGAAAAGCAGGAAUGGGCUAUUCAGUGUAGCUUUGUUUUUUCCACAGCCAAUAGCCUUGCACCAGCGUCUUUGUUGCAUGGUCAGGGGAUUUAAGUGCUUUUAAGUGCUCAACAAUUGCAUAGAUGAACCUGUGGAACAAGGGAGCCCUGUUUUACACCCGAAUGACGUUGUGCAAUCAGACAUUCCUGUUGUCGCUGAUGCACCGCUAAUGUCGCUAAUGUAAUAUUAAAAGCCACAAAGGAAUCAACUCACACUGGAGGAUUCUUAUACAAGCCAUGACUUUAUUUAAAGUUUUUUUUCAGUGCGUCUUCAGACCGCUCGAGAAUUGUGGGAAGGUCUGCAUUUCCCGCCCUCCCCAGUCUGAAGGACUUUUAAGAGACGCUGCAGGUAGCACCCAAGACGGCAGGGUGGUUAAUUAGGACUGUGUAUCGCUGUUAGGGUCCCUGUAAGGGGUGUGUGAGGUUUGCGGCAGUAAUCGCUCACAGGUGCCACACCCAGCUUUUGUUGUGCACUUUAACAAUCGCGAUGCAAAAUCCUAUUUGUUUUUUUUUCUCAAGCGGAUGCAUGACCAUCUGGGAUCCCCUUUUCCAAGGGUUUUUUAUGAGCAGCGAAACACUUUUUAUAGUGAGGUUCAGUGGGGAGAUUUAUCCUGAAUGACUUCAGUACAAUUACGCCGAUUUGGCGAUGCGGUGACGUGACAGACAGACGCGCCGUCGUUUCACUUCCAAGCAGUUAGCACGAAACACGUAACCUUUAUUAAUAAAUAUUAUUUUACUGUAAUUCCAUUUCAGACAGUACAAUAUGAAGGGUUAUGCCAAGAAUGUACUGUACUUAACAGUAUUACAAAACCUUUUUGCAGACGUUGGUUGUUUACAUUGAUCUGUGUUAAUGUUACUUAAAUCUUAAUUGUGAACGAGCAUUUAAUUGAAUUUUUAUUAGAAAAAAACUUGCAUGCCUUCUGUUCCUGGAUUUUGACAUCAACCAUCAAAAUGACGUCAUUCUUAAUUCGGAAGUUAAUUAAGAAUAAUAACAUCAAGCAAUGAGUAGGACGGAGUAGAUCUUUGUGCAGCGGUGUAAUGAAUGAGGAGACAUUUGGAAAACAGCCCGACUAUUUGUAAUGUUUUCGUGGCAAAUAGGACUCAUUCCGUUUGGAAUUUCCACAUUAAGACGGUUGCCUUAGACGGAUUUAAACCUGUGGGCUUAUUGUCCCAUAUGAAGGUGUACAUUGUGAAUGACUAAAAGCAAGACUGGAUUGUGGCUGGGGGAGGUCAUUUAUGGACGUCGGGCAAGAAUUAGUUAAAGGAGACGGGUACUGAACAAUGUGCAGUAAUUUAAUACACCGUGUUAGACAUGUAAAACGUUUCCUAAUAUGUCUGUCCGGUAAGCCUGUCUGUGGAUGGCAAUUGUCAUGAGAUACGGCAUCGUUUUUGGCUUUUAGGGGAUUUAUUACCUUUGCCAAUGUUGUUUAAGAUCCAAGAGACUCUGGCCUCGUUAUAGACUGAUUGGUUGUACUGCAGUGAGUCAUUUUCUUCUCCCUGUUUUCCCACACAAUGUGAAGAAACCCUCUUACUUUGUGAGGCAGCUUCCUAUACAAGUAUAUUGCAUCUAUGAUGUUGUAUUUAGCUUAUAAAUUGUACUUCACUUUGUAUACAAACUUGCAUUAAUACAUCGUUUGAAUUCACGUAAUUUUCCAAUAAACUUUGAAAGUCUC